AUGCAAUCCGUGCACACGUCGCCCAACCACUCGCGUGCCUCUUCCUCAGCUCAACACCAGCAGCAGCAACAGCAGCAGACGCCGAAGAGUUCGGGACGCCAUCAGAGGCCGCAACGUCAUCUGGCCCAGCAGCAGCAGCAGCGAAAGGCUCUGUCGAUGAGCCCACAGUCGCAGAUGACGUUCGCCAAUUCGUCGCUUUGCUCGUCGCCGUCGGCCAGAAAUGUGCCGAUGCCGCCGGUCGAGUGGCUCAACCAGGUAAACAUUUGAAUUUUAUUUGGAAAUUUGGCUGUUUUAUGAUGCAAUUAGGUUUCAAUAGGUUUUCGUAAAGAACUUAAUUAAACUAACAAAAAAAACGAAAACCCGUACUAAUUUCUCCUAUUUUCAGCUCCACGUUCCAUCGUCGUCGGAGCCGUCGGCAUCCCGUCCAUCCUCGUCCGUCUCGAACUUUUCCUCGUCGUCCGCCACGUCUUCUUCGUCGUCGUCGCCGAUUCCGUCGUCUCCAACUAUGUUGGAAGUGCACGGCGGACGUCGUCUUCGUCAACACCAUCAGAAGAUUCAGGAGCAAAAAGAGGCGGAGCAAGAGCUGAAAGGCGUUCGCGUGUGUCCGCUUCAAUUGAUUGCGGCCGUCGCCUCGGCGUAG